AUGGCUACCCAGAUCCGCGAUACGCAGUUCGGUCACCUCGUACGCUUUCUGUCUAGAAACAAACUCUUCCGAUACCCUGACGAGGUUGAUUCUUCCCUAUGGAAAAGGCCUCUACAAUGUGAUGCAAACCAAACAUCUGUAUCGCCGGCAGAACAAGCCAGUGACACAAAAGGUCUUGACCAGCAGAGUCCCAGCACGGCUAAUGUUGGUGAAAACGACGGAGAAUUCAAUCUGAUAGAUUGGUAUGGACCUGAUGAUCCAGAGAACCCUCAAAAUUGGUCCAGAAACUGGAAGCUGCUAGUCGCCUUCCUCAUGUGCAUCCUCAACUUUUCGUUCUACAUCGCAAGCUCGAUAUACGUCCCCGGCAUUCCCAGCAUCAUGGAAGACUUCGGCGUCAGCGAGAUCGUGGCUACGCUAGGACUCUCCCUAUUCACGCUCGGUUACGGGCUAGGUCCCAUGCUCUGGUCUCCCAUGUCCGAGAUCCCCCAGCUCGGCCGCAGCCCCCUUUAUUUCUGGACAUUCCUCGCCUUCAUCCUGCUCCAGCUCCCCACGGGCUUCGCCGUCGACAUGCCCAUGUUCCUCGUCUUCCGCGUCCUGACCGGUUUCGUCGGCAGCCCGCCUCUGGCGACCGGCGGUGCUACUAUCAUAGACAUGUACGACCCGGCCAGCGCCGGAUACGGGAUCUGCAUAUUAUCGUCGUUCGGGGUCCUCGGGCCCGUCUUCGGCCCGAUAAUUGGGGGGUUUGCCGCGCCGGCGGAGGGCUGGCGGUGGACGAUUUGGAUAUUCACGUGGCUGUGCGCGCUGGUGGUCGUCCUGCUGUUUUUCUUGCUCCCCGAGACUAGCGCUGCGAAUAUCUUGUAUAGGAGGGCGAGGAGGCUGAGGAAGAUAACUGGUGAUGCCCGCUUCAGGAGUCAGUCCGAGAUCGAUGCUGCUCGUCACACAUUAAAAGACCAUCUGGUUGCACUUCUCUACGGGAUUCUAUUCCUGUGGUUCGAGUCGUUCCCUCUGGUCUUUGGAGACAUCUACGGGUUUAGCACUGGUGCGCAAGGAUUGGCUUUCCUUGGGAUCUUCAUCGGCGCUCUUGUCACCGUGCCCCUAUUCUUGCUAUGGAUUAAACACGGUGUAAUCCCGAGAUUCACCAAGCCGUCUUUCAAGCCGGAAAUGGUGCUCCCGCCAACAUUCGUCGGUGCCAUUUCCCUUCCGAUCUGCCUCUUCUGGUACGGAUGGACGGCGCGGGAAAGCGUACACUGGAUCUUGCCUAUUAUAGGCUCUAGUUUAUUUACUGUCGGUGUGGUCACGCUAUUCAAUACGGUGUUCAACUACCUAGGGAUCUCGUACCCGGCAUACGUCGCGUCGAUAUUUGCAGGGAACGCACUCUUCCGAGCCUCGUUUGGGGCCUCAUUCCCUCUUUUCGCACGAGAGCUCUUUCGUCAACUCGGUAUUGGCCCCGGCAACUCACUCCUUGGCGGUAUUGCUAUCUGCUUCAUUCCUAUUCCUUUCAUCUUCUAUCGGUAUGGUGAAAAGAUUCGCCACAUGAGUAAGAAUGCUCGGCAUGAUAUCUGA